CAAUCCGAAUGCUUCUCCUUCAUCUGCUGUUUUUGUCAUUUCAUUGAUUGAUAUUUUCUCUUGAUUUUUCGGAAAACAAUUGUCUGUUCAAGCGAAUAUGUCUGCUCCUGCGCCUGCUCCAGUAAACUUGGGCAACGAUGUCAAGCUGACCGCCGAGGAAGCUCCAAAGGUCAAGCCCUGCUGUGUCUGCAAGGACGAAAAGGCUUCCCGAGACGAGUGCAUGCUCUUCUCCAAGAGCGAUAACGCCGAAAAAGAUUGCCAGAGCCUCGUCGACAAGUACAGGAGCUGCAUGGCUGGCUACGGGUUCAAGCUCCCUUAAGCAAAUGAUUGACGCGCAGCGAGCGCUGUACAAUACCCGUACUAUACUAUAGGGAGGGGAAGUUUAUACAUACCGGCAGCAUGGAAUCGGCGCAAGAGCAUUGACGGAUUUGGUUCAUAGAAUAACAUGUUUCAUACUUUCUACUCUAAUAAAACGAAAAGGCUGUACUAUACAGGUUUCUGUAGCUUUAGAAAAUCAUCUCUUCUCUCAAUUGACCAAUGGAAACGCCAACAAAGGUAAUGGAAAUAAUGGGGUGUUGUACCCACGGCUCUAUUAGACUGUAUGUGACAACAACGGCAUCAAAGUUGCUUUGCUCUGCCAUUUGACCGCAAGCGUUGCUUCAGUGGUGUUACCGCAGCUGGUUGGGGCGAAGCAUCCGAGAAAAGCUUGCUUUGUAAGAGCAAGUGCCACGUGCACCAGAGAUAGCAAAUACCAAAACCGGCGGCGCCGAUGCCUGCGUUGGCUACCACCCAAAGAUCAGGCU